CUGCUUGUGCCCAUCAUGAAGUUCUCGCUAUCGUUAAGCACUUCGCUCCUAUACGCGUCCACAGCGUUGGCCAUACACCCCUUUCAUCCACGCAGUGUUCACAACAGAGUGCAGCCAAAAGUGGAGAAGCGUGUCGCAGGCCAAAACUUCCAGCACCCGGAGUUGCAGAAGAGAGCCUCCCGUUUCUUGACAGAGAAGACCAAAGAGUUCUCCGUCAACGGUACAGGGAUACCUGAAGUCCCAUUCGACGUUGGCGAGUCGUAUGCUGGGUUACUUCCAAUCUCAGACAGUCCCGACGAGAGUCGCAAACUGUUCUUCUGGUUCUUCCCUUCUACGGCCGCUACUAAUCCCGAUGAGAUUGUAGUUUGGCUCAAUGGUGGCCCAGGCUGCAGCUCAUUAAGCGGCUUGCUCACCGAGAAUGGACCUUUCACGUGGGAAGCGGGCACGCUUGCGCCAGUUCAAAACUCGUACAGUUGGACCAAUCUCACCAACAUGAUAUGGGUUGAACAGCCUGUUGGUGUUGGUUACUCGCAGGGUACUCCGAACAUCACAAACGAAGUUGAGCUCGCUACCGAAUUUCGUGGAUUCUGGAAGAAUUUCAUCUCCACGUUUGGGAUGAAUGGAUUUGAUAUGUACAUCACAGGUGAAUCUUAUGCUGGCGCAUACGUUCCAUACAUUGCAGACGGCUUCAUCUCCACCAACGACAACGAGUACUUCAACUUGAAGGGGAUCUCUAUCAAUGAUCCCAUUAUCGGCAAUGACGUUAUUCAGGAACAAGUUGUGAUAUUGCCCUUUAUUGAAUAUUGGGAAAAGCUCGCUUUUCUCAACGACACAUUCCUAGAACAAAUGCGCCAGAACCAAGCGGACUGCGGCUAUGACACAUACUUCACAAAGUAUCUCCAGUUCCCUCCGCCGGAAGGUCCAUUCCCAGUAUUGCCCGAUCCCUACGAAACCCAGAACGCCACCUGUGACCAAUUCGACAACAUCCUCGCUGGACUCCUCGAUGUAAACCCUUGCUUCAACCUCUACCACAUCACAGAGACAUGCCCUCAUCCCUUCUCUCAACUCGGCAUAAUCAACCCGGGGGAUUACCAGCCACCAGGCGCAGAGGUCUACUUCAACCGCACCGAUGUCGCAGAAGCCCUACACGCCGUCGUGCCGACUAACUGGGAACAAUGUUCAUCCAAAAACGUCUUCGGGAACGGUACGGACCGUGGUUCGGAUUCAUCCCCGAAACCAGCGACCAACGGCGUCUUACAGCGUGUCAUUGAACACACGAACAACACCAUCAUUGGCUCGGGUGAUCUCGAUAUGAUUCUCACCACCAACGGAACUCUUCUCGCUAUCCAGAAUAUGACGUGGAAUGGUGUUCAAGGCUUGCAAAAGGCUCCGACCACUCCUGCAUAUGCGCCGUUCCACCCAGAGUACAAUGGUGGAUCGCUUGCGGGCUCGGGGAUCCAGGGAGUGUGGACUCAGGAACGUGGGCUUACGUUUUACACGGGUCAUUUGGCUGGUCAUGAGUUGCCGGGGUAUACGCCUGGCCUUGCAUUCCGGAUGCUGGAGAUUUUGUUGGGGCGUAUUGAUAAUUUUAAUAGCACGGCUGGGUUUACAACGCAGGCUGGGAACUCCACGGCAUGAGGAGGUGAUUAAGGUAGCUUAGGAUCGCGAACUGCUAUACUAUUGUUCAAUCUGGUGCUAUCUUUGCUUUCACUUUUUCCGUGUUCUUCGUUUCUGUUUCUGAUUGAAAUGAAAGAUUUGUCAAGAUCGCAAAUCACCCAAAUCCAGAAUUAUUGCAUACAUUUGCGCUACAGAAGCUGGAGCGAUAGAUCGGCCAUGUAUUGGAGAAUUAGUUACAAAAUAAUAGUACAUAUCAUCAGAAUCAUUCCACGCCCACUAACAUCCGCGCCGCCACAUCAAAUUAACGAGGGACUGUAACUUGGUUCUCCUAAUGUUGAGCCAUGAUCCUAUCAUCCACAAGUAACCCUUGCCCACAUCCACCCCUCUCACAGGUUCCGCACCAGUCUGAACUGU